UCCACUGAUAUGAAAUAUCGGAAAUGGCGUUUGAAGUUGUCGCCCAAACGUCAAACGUCAUUUUUCAGAGACAGACAUUAGGGGGGGAAAUGGCGGGUGCUUUGAAAGAGAAACAGCUUGCAAAACAGAUUUUCGAAAAUUUGCAGGCCGUGUCCUGUCCCCUGGUGGACGGGCUGUACCUGCAGGAGACGGACAGUAUGCUGGAGCUGCUGUGUACUCCCUCCCAGCACCGCAGCGACAUACUGGCGUGGAUCUGCUGCAGCGUCAAUCCAAACCUCACCAAUUUGAAGGCGUCCUCCCUGAGACACAAAGACCAAGAUGUUUUGAAUAAAGAGAUGGCGAGGCUCGGACAGGAGCUAAUGCUGUGCAAAGCAGAUGACUUGGACUUGAUUGUGGGCCGCGUGGACCCGUGGCGACAGCUGCAGUUCUUGGAGGUCCUCUUAACUCUGCUCUCAGAGAAAGAGUCUGCUGAACAUGAAACGAAUGAAGACGUUUUGCUGGAUGAGCUCUUUUCUGAAGAGAAUCUGCCCCACCUCACACACAUGCUCAACCCCACAUGUGACCCCUGGCCUGCGCACAUUAAAGCUUUACGCAAGGGCCACAAGUCGUCUUUUCACAGGCCGAGUAGGGAAGAGGCGGCUGACAUUACAGCCCUCCUUCAGUCAACGCAGUCAGCACUGGAGCAGCUGCAGUCAGAGUGUGAAUUUCUGCACGGUGAAGCUCAGAGUCCCAGCGUCUUCUCUCCAUGUGCAUUGCGUGUGGCAUUGUCUGACCUCCGACAGUUGAUGGCAACCUUCGUGCACGUCUACGAAACAGACUUCAGAGCCUACUGCGACAGAGAGCCCCCCAGUCUCAGCGCAGAGACACAAAUCUUCCAGAGAGUGCACCAGCUGCUCCUAGCCUGCAACACGGAGUUGGAAAUGCUAAAUGAGCUGUCAGAAGCAUCUGAGACCAUCACUGACCAAGUGAGCAAAAUACAAACACAGCCUCGCUACUGGAGCCGCGGAGAGAAGUGCACAUUACCGGACCAAUUGGAGGAACUCACCAAGCGAUAUAGAGACUUCCUUUACCUGCAUCAUUCUUAGUAAUGCAUAUAUACAUAUAUUAGUAGCAACGCUUUCAUUUGCAUAACCACAAACCGAAGAUGCUUAACGAAUCCCUCUAACCAUGAUCAGCAUUUAUGUUGAGUGACUGAGCAAGGCACUGACUCUACAAACUGCAUCGGUGAGCACAGUAAAGAAAUUUGGUUAUGACAGGAAAGUCUGAUUUGUGGAUAUGUUGAAACUUUUAAGUGUCACUACAGAGCCAGUGUCUGCUCAGACAGCUGCUGGUGUUUGACAGCCACCGCAGUAGUCGCUCUGUUGAACACAAGUGCACCCAUCUCCCAUGAUGCUGUGGGCUACCUCAGAGAGGAAAUUAACACGGGGAGUUGGAGUCCAUUUUCUUGUGACUUUGGUUGGACUGAGGUGUCCGUCAGGAGUUGAGCUCGUCACCUGUGUAAUUAUUCACGUUUGCACAUUUUACAGCUCCUAUACAUUGUGUGCUUGCUACUAAUUGCCUUGUAAAAGAGCGUAAUGAGCAUAGGAAGUGAAUUUUGGGUGAGCAUGUGUCAUUUCUCUUACUUAUUGAUGUCUAAUACUACCAAUUGUAGAUUUGUUUUAUAGAUUGUUAUGUUGUCUAAAUUAAUAAGACUGUAAGUUGAAGUCACUCUGUUAUUUGUUACUUUCAGAUAAUGCUAAACCAGCGUUAUUAUUCAUGCAGACUGGGUUGUCAGUUCACAUUAUCAACUUUGUUUUUUGUAUUUUAGCGUGCUGAAAUGAUUCCACUGUACUACAUUACUUUGCAAAUAAACUGGUUUUGCAACAAUUACAACUA